AUGUCUGAGAAGUUUAAAGAUUCUGUUGAUUUAAUGUCUUUUUUACAACAUAACAGCAAUGAGAAUGAAUUUUUUGAUAAUACUGAAUUUCCCACUAAGAAAGAAUCUACCAACAUUAAUAUGAACCAAAAUAGUAGUAAUACAUUAUUUUCUAAUAUACAUGAUUUAAAUACAAACCCUAUUACUUGUUUCGAAAAUAAAGAUUCAUUUAAUGAAUUUGAGUUAACAGAUGAUACAAAUAAUUAUGCUCAAGGUCCUAUAGAUGAAAACGAAAGAAUAAGAAGAGGACAAGGAGGAGGAAAUCACGUUGGAGGUACUAGUUCAUUAAGUUCAUUGUCACCAACAACACAUAAGUCAUCAUCUUCGCUAAAUAGUAAUCCAUUAAUAUUUACAAAUGAUAAUAUACCAGUAAUGGAAGAAAGUGGUGACAAAAAGAAAGCACAGAAUAGAGCAGCUCAAAGAGCCUUUAGAGAAAGAAAACAAGCAAAAUUGGAUAGUCUGGAACAUCAAUUAAAGGAGAGUGAAGCUAAUAAAGAAGCAUUACAGAAAGAAGUAGAUACGUUGAGAAAGUUAAACCAAGAGAUUCAUGCAGAAAAUAGAACUCUUUUAAGAAAACAUGACGAUAAUAAUAACAAUAUGUCAAAUUCAAUAAAUUAUAAUCAAAACAAUUUUGCUGGACAAUACACAGAAGAUCAGAUAAUUGAAAAAAAUAUUAUCCAUCGCACAAGGGAAGAUUUUUAUAAAGAUUUAAUGAAACAAGUGAAGGUAGCUACUGAAAGUAAUAGUGAAACAAUUCAAAAUAAAACCUAUGAAGAUAAUGACGGUAAUAUAAUAAUGACAAUCCCAGCUACAUGGGAAUAUUUACAGAAAAACUACGGAGAAGACAUUGAUAUAAUUAAAGUAUUAAAAUCUCUGAGAGGUAAAGAAGUAUGUCACGGUGCAGGUGGUGCAUAUCCAAAAGUAAUUAUCGACGAGGCAAUCAAGCGACUCAUGGAUGAGCAAUAA